UACAAUGAGCGGUCGUGUCAGUCGAAUGCUUCGGGCGAGCGUUUUCGCGUAAACUAAUUGAUUUCUUCUAAUUAAAUUAUAGUGAAUCAUUGUGCUAGCGAUGCAAGUGUGAUGUGAGCCAUGAGAAUUAAUAUUGUGCAUACAUUGAAUCGAGAGACUUCAAAAUAGGGGGUGUAACAGGAAAACAAAAAUGGCCUCGGGGGACAGUGAUCAUAUCGAAGUUAUGGAUAGCACAGUCCCCAAAAAGACUGAAAGCGCAACCGGGCCAUCGGGCUCCGAGGACGAUGACCGCGAUAAAGCCUCGAUCGCUGAAAAAAAUGCACCAUACGACCCGGCAGUGGGCCCCUCGGGGGCCAUCAGCAAAGUGCACAAGUCGGACCGCAAGAUCGGCCACCGGAGAGUGGGGGAGGGCGGCGAGAUCACAUACAAGAAGAUCCAGUCUUCCCAGAUCAUGGGAUCCAUACAACUUGGAAUCCAACAUGCAAUCGGCGGUCUGGCAUCCAAGCCUGAGCGCGAUCUGCUCAUGCAGGACUUCAUGACAGUGGAGACGACCAACUUCCCGCACGAAGGGUCGAAUCACACGCCCGCCCACCACUACUCCGAGUUCAAGUUCAAGACGUACGCGCCGAUCGCGUUCCGCUACUUCAGGGACCUGUUCGGGAUACAGCCCGACGAUUUCCUGAUGUCAAUGUGCAGUGCGCCGCUUCGCGAACUGAGCAACCCCGGAGCGUCAGGCAGCAUAUUCUACCUGACCAACGACGACGAGUUCAUCAUAAAGACGGUCCAACACAAAGAGGGGGAGUUUCUGCAGAAACUGCUGCCCGGUUACUACUUGAAUCUCGAUCAGAACCCGCGCACAUUACUACCGAAGUUCUUCGGACUAUACUGUUACCAGUGCAACAGUAAGAACGUGCGGUUGGUUGCUAUGAACAACAUACUGCCUUCGUCUGUGAAACUGCACCAGAAGUACGACUUGAAAGGAUCCACUUAUAAGAGAAAGGCGAACAAAAGCGAAAGAACAAAGAAGUCGCCUACAUACAAAGACCUGGACUUCAUGGAGCACCAUACAGAGGGCAUAUUCCUGGAGGCAGACACGUAUAGUGCGCUCAUCAAGACCAUGCAGCGUGACUGCCGAGUCUUGGAGAGCUUUAAGAUCAUGGACUACUCCCUACUAGUCGGCAUCCACAACCUGGACGAAGCGCAACGGGAGAAGACCGAAGCUCGCAAAAGGACGGACUCAGGCCAGAGCGACGACGACGCGGAUGGAGAACCUAAGAAAAGCGGAUUGAAUCGGACGAGGUCUAUCAAUCGGCAGCGGUUGGUAGCUCACUCCACUGCUAUGGAGAGCAUCCAAGCUGAAAGCGAGCCUAUUGAUGAGGAGGAAGACGUGCCUCCGGGCGGUAUUCCGGCGAGGAACGCGCGCGGGGAGCGGCUCCUACUCUUUCUGGGCAUCAUCGAUAUACUACAAUCGUAUCGGCUGCGGAAGAAGCUUGAACACACGUGGAAAAGCAUGAUACACGACGGGGAUACAGUUUCAGUGCACAGGCCAAGUUUCUACGCACAGAGGUUCCUUGACUUCAUGGCAAAAACCGUAUUUAAGAAGAUACCUUCGUUGGACCUUCCCGAGAUUAAAGGCAACCACCGCAAGUUCCGAACGCUGGUCACGAGCUACAUAGCAUUGAAACACUCACCGUCGAAGCGGAAGAGCAUCGCCAAGCCGACCAGAGCGCAGGAAGAUAUCGAUACGCCUGGCGGCGCAAGUUCUAGCGGCGCCAUGGGCAUCAAAGCAGUGUCACUGUCUGACGUCACAGCUCAUAUUACUCCGACGUCGGUGACGUCACCGGUAUCCACCGCCGCUAAAAUCACGGUCACGUCUGCCAAGUCGCCUCCCUCAGGGGAGGGGGAUGUGGCGUUCCCGGCCGUUCUAAAGGGUUCCCAAAAGCAGAGGGUCCCACCACCCGUCCCUCCCAGAGGCUCCCCUAAAGCAAAACGCGGCGGUGGUAACUCCCAGUCGUCCAGUAUCGACACGAAAGGUGACUAUCCCAAUCUAAGCAUAUCAGUCAGCGAUAUCCCACCUCAAACGCCCAUCACCAGCAGUGAUGACGAUUUCUGCUUCUACGGGCAUGAUUUUAAGUUUAAAGAGCCUGUUGCAUGCCGCAUCCCGCCGUCUGUGUCUGAACAUUCUAUUAAAAUGACGCAGCUAGUUGCGUCCAACUCGUUCUUAGACUUCGUGGAAGAAGGAGACAGCAUUACAGAGAGGUCGCAUCCGGGGAAGGAUUUGAUAGCUCAAACUACAAUGAUGGCGAGGUUCAAUAUAGAUACAGCUGUGAGAGAGCACUUGGACUCGGGAGAAUAUCAUGACACCUCGUUCACGGAAUCUAGUAGUGAAGAGAGGAUAAUAGUUUAUGAACUCCCAGACGAAGGAACUCACGCUAUAGAAUUAGCUGAAAUCAAAGGCAGACAGUCCAAAAGUCCAACACAGUUCAUCAAGGGUAUGGUUUCUCAUAUUGGUGAUAAAUUAUCAAGAAAAUCCCCAAUUGGCAUCGAAGCGCCUGGUGAAAAACUGAGUGUGCAUAAUGUACGAUCUUCAGACUUGAUUUCAGCAGCGAAAACGUUGAAAAGGACUCCGCGUUCUGAAAGGAAUUUCAACCCAAGCGAAGAUAGAGAAGUUGAACAAAAAGUCGAUAAAAAUGGUGGAACAAGGCCUGGAAUUAUUUCUGGUCUAACCAAAAGAUUAAACUUCAAUCAGUCGAAGAGAGACAAAAAUCGGCCUCAAGAAAUUAAGAAGCCUAAACCCAAAGUUGAGAUCAAGACGUACACAGAACAGCAUUCGAGAGGAAUGACGAAAGAUGAAGUGAUCUGCCAUAGAAAGGCUAAGAACAAAAUUGAUAUGUUCCAAAAGCACAUUUGGAAAGUACAAUCCGAUUCCGAAAACAGUUCGAGAAGAAGUUCCUUUUCAUCCUCACAAGACAGCAAGAGAUCCGAAAAGACCCCGAAUCUUGGAAGACAUGUGCUUGUGAAAGAAACCAAAAAACUGUUCGAACCUAUCAAAUACAUUCAUGAAAGCUCCAGCUCUCUAGACAAGAAGUCAAACUUUUCCCUGAACGUUACAUCUCUCAAUCCGAUUAUUUCUAAAUCGAUAAGUGGAAACGUGCAUGACAAAAUCAAAAAGUUCUCCGAGACAUCCUUGUCUGACUCCAAAAUGCCUCAGAAAGUCCCAAGGCAGAAAAAGAAAGGCAGUUUCAAGAAGCGAUCAGCAAGAAACCGAAUCCUCAAAAUGAGGAAAGAGGUCGAAGAAGUUACGGGAGCGCCGUUGUCCUGUUGUUCGACGCCACCACCGCCGUUUGAGGAGGCGGCACCGCCGCGGACGAGUCGAACUAAUUCGUCGUCGACUACGUCAUCGAGUGCGUCGGGCAGACGCCGCGGCGCGUCGAGUGCGGCGAGCGUUAUGACGACAUCGUCUGCGUCGUCGUUAGCGUUGACGCCUGCUGCGUUGAGCAGCGCUAGAAGCAAUGAAGCUAGUGUAUGUUGGACGCCGCCUGCGUCGGUGGAAGGUUCUACGCCCACCUGGACCGAGGGCACGCCCAGCUUUACAGAGUCGAGUAGUAGUGAACAAGGCUACCCUAUAACCCCCGCCCGGUCCGAGGGGCGCCGCUCCCCGCGCCCGCCGCCGCCGCCCGCGCGUUCCCUCCCGCCGACCACCAUCAACUGUCUCACUAGCGAAGUGAUGGAGAUCACCCACCUUACGUCUGAAACGUCACAUAUAACUAUAUCUACGUACGAAGUACACCGGCAAAUGGAAAGCGAAGAUAAAUAUGUUAAUUAAUUGUAUUCAAUGUCUAUUUACCAUGGUGUGACCAAAUGAGUAGUUGAAUUAUUUUUACUGUUAAACAUACAGUCGACAACUUAUGAGACUAUACAUUUAUGUUGCAAAAGCGCCUCUAUUACAUCUGAAUAAGAUACCAGUGUUUAGCUUGAUGUGUUGUCAACCGUACAAUAUAAUUUUUAUUUUACUGACAUACAUUACAGCUUAGGUAAGUCCACUAAACAUUACUGUCGGCUGUAAAUUCAAUCAAAUACCUGCCUUGUUCUGCGUAUUACAAAAAAACUACUCGACCAAAAAAAAGUAAAUACAGUUUCGUUUAUAUUUUAAUCUAACUCUGUAAUGCGCUGUCUUGGUCAUAACAUGAUAAAUAGGUCACUUGACCCUUUUCCAAUUUAGCAGCUUAAAAUGUAUACUUUGUAAACGAAAUUUAGUGCAAAAUCCUAUUUAAAUCGCUAAAAUCUUGGAAAUCCUUACAAUCGUUACUAAUUUUACACCUUUGUAUACAAAUUUAUACAAGUACAAGUAGGAUUUAAACUAAAUUCCGCUUAGAAUUGCAUCCUAGAUAUUAUAAGAGUUACUCAAUUGAAAUGUUAUGUAGCUUUUCUACUUUAGGGCUAUCUACGACUUGUAGUUCAAAAGUUUUGACAACCUGUUGCCUUUUAACAGCUUCUUAAAACACACAGAAUUCAUUUGUAUUUUCAAAUUGGCUUAAUCUGUCCAAUGAAACGCAGCAGCAGUAUCAGGACCUGACGAAUGAGACGGUCGUUUCACUCACCAAUGGCGCCAACUGGUCAGCUCAAAUACGUCAGGCAGGCCUCAUUGGACUGCACACCUUUUUGUAUAACGAACUAUUUCCUUUACCAAACGCGCUCAUAAUUGCUAUACUAAAAUAUGUUAAAAGGCAUUAAGGUUGAUAAAACAUGUUGUUCACUAUUAUCGGUGCCUCAAAUUAAAUAGCCGACAAUAACAACUUUUUCUACGUAACUAUUCCAUUUAAACAGCCAAAAUAGUCGUGUUAUUUGAUAUAAUAAAAUAUACAAAAUGGAGCAAUAUGAAAUAUAAAUAGUGUGCUUGAAAUAUUAAAUGAUCGCAUGUUUAAGUGAACAUUUGAGCAAUAAAUUAUACCUAACUACAGUUAUAUUUCUGAGAAUAUAAAAGUUAGAUGAGUGUUAUAUAAUCUGUAUAUUAAUAUGACGCAUUCGCUAAAUGACGUCAUCAUUGAUUAUUUGUCUAAACCACAUACGUCACAGUUAUAGUUUAGAUGACGCGUAUAUUACUUUAUACAUAGAAUAAUAUUCUUUUACUUAUUAAAAUCAAACAAUAUUAUAUGAAUUUCUAUCAAAUCAUCAAUCCUUAUAAAUGUGAUGUUUCACAAAUUAAAUAAUAUACAAGGAAUGUUGUGGCGUAUGUUGGCGUUGGGUUUAAAUAAGAUUUUUGUCAGGUACUAAGUGUUCACUAUUAUUUUAAGGAUAUUAUAUAAAUUUCCAUUUAUUUUAUUUGAUCAUUUAUUUUUAGCCAAUUUCAAUAAUAAUUUAUGUUUGAGUGAUAUAAAAUUAUUACACUGCCAUUAUAUUUAGAUAAUAAUUCCAGUUUAUCAUUCACUGAUAUUUUAAUUUUUUCUAUGAGUCAAGUUGUAUUUAUUUUGUGUGCGAAGAAAUUGGUGGUAUUAUUUUUUAUUUUAAAUUAUUUCAGAUUAAUCAGUAUUUUUUUUAUUUUGUGUUUGUUUUUAACAAUGAGGCAUGCAAAACUUAAUAAUGUAUCCAUUUUUUCUCAUAUUUUUGAUUACUGAAAUAAUUUUCAGUUUAUCAACACUCAACUUUGAUAAAAUUUUGUUAUAAUGAACUGACUGAAUUAACAAUCUGAAUAACUAUAGAUCUGAUUUUUUCUUUUAUUUAACAAAAACUUAUUUUAACUUCUUCAAUUUGUCACAAUUAGUCUUUAAGUAGGUCAAUUUAAUCAAUGCAAUUUAACUUUUAUUCUAAUUUAUUUUUUUCUCUUUGUGCUAUUAUUUUAAAGUAUUAUGUACUAUUGUGUAAGGAACUAUUUAAGCUUUGGACUCUAUACAUAUUGGAAUAGCAUUUACGAUAAUUUCUAGCUUGAUUAGCACUAAUCCCUUAUUCUUAAAAAUUAAAACAGUCUUAUAACAUCUGUUGUCUCUUUUUAUCUCAAUUAAACCUAAAUGUGGCAGAAAGUGACAGCAUUAUUUAUUUAAAAAAAUUGAAUAAGAGGUUAAGUGCUUUACUCAAGUAUAAUAUUAUGAUGUGGUCGUCAAGAUUUUUGAUGUUAGGGCCCAAACAAAUACCUAUUCGUACAAGUUAUUCAAUUUAUAAUGAUUAUAAUAGAGAAAUUUGUAAUUUUGCGUCAAAGAAAUUGUUGUUCCAAUAUAAAAUAGGUAACUGACAAUACAAAAGCAAUUGAAAAAAUACAAAUUUCUUUAAUAUAGCCCAUGUCUAUGCGAAGGUAUGCUAUAUUUGUGGUUGAAAUAUUAAUAAUAAUAGUUUAAUUAAACAUGGCACGUGCCAUCUAACCCCAAACCUAGAAUGUGUUCGGUAAAAUUAUAUAAAUUCAUGGUAAAAUUAUAUAAAAGUCUUCAAAUUUUCUACAAGCCUACAUUCUAGACAUGGGACUCGUUUGUUGUCUAUUAUAUAAGUAUAUGUAUAAGUGAUGUUUCGUGUCCUGUUGAUCGUUGCUAGUGCUAUAUGUAUGUACCGUAUGUAUUGUAUGUUAAGAUGAUUGUACUUAUCUGUAUAUCGCGAGGGAUAUUACAAUUAAAUGCGUACUUGGA